AUGAAUUAAACUACCCAACUAUGUAACAACCUACUAUACAAGUCCAGCUGAAAUGAUUCAACGAUCAAUCAAAGAACUUAUUUGAUGAUGUGCAGUUUCUAAGAUGUGAGGAUCUUUCUGCAUUGAGUGCUUUGACUUUUAAUACUUUAAGUACAUUUUCCUAAUGAUACUUAAAUACUGUUACUAAAGUAACAUGCAAUGUUUACAGUGUGGAAAUAGUACCAAUCUAUCCUGCAAGUAGCUCUAGUUUCCCCAUGUCUGGUGCUUGAACAGCAGAGACAUGUCCAAUGACAGCUGCAACCUCCCGUUGGACACGGACACUUUUGGCCUGACCUGUAUCUAUGGCCUGAUCUUCUCUGUGGGUCUCCCCAGCAACCUGCUGUCUCUCUGGGGACUGUACCACCUGGGUCGCUCCGGUGGAGGAGGCUGCCAGCUGGUCUACAUCCUUAACCUGCUGCUGUCAGACCUCCUCCAGCUGCUCACCCUGCCACUGUGGAUACUUUACCUCCAAGGUGGCCACCGCUGGCCCUAUGGACAGCUAACCUGCGAGCUGGUGGGCUACGUGUUUUACGUAAACGUCUACGCCAGCGUCAUGUUCCUGUGCCUGAUAGCGCUGGACCGCUGCCUGGCCAUCGUGUACCCGCUGAGCAGUCGCGGUGUGCGGACUGUCAGGGUGGCAGCAGUGUCCGGCGUGGCCGUUUGGACCCUCACCUUCCUGUUCUGUCUGAGUGGGCUGCUACCGUCUGUGUUUGACUCGGAGAGACUCCUGUGUCUGGAGCAGUACCCAGUCAGCCCCAGAUAUGCCCACUUCAAGAUCACCACCGUGGCCCUGGGCUUCCUCCUGCCAUGUUCCAUACUCGGCUACACCUCAGCCCACAUUGGAGUGACACUCCGACGAUCUCCUUCCCUCUCCGACCACGAGCGGCACAAAAUCGUAGGCAUACUAGUCGUGAUCACCGUCAACUUCAUCGUUGUGUUCGGACCCUAUCACCUCGUGGGCGGAUACCGCUUUGUGUCCUUGCUGCUGACUGAUGAGCCCUGUGGAUUUGAGCGUUCCAUUUUCCUCAUCUAUCGCCUGUGCUACGGCCUGACCAGCCUCAACACUCUGCUGGAUCCUCUCUUUUACAUCUUCCUAUGCCCUGAUGCCCGGCUAGAGCUGCAAAGAUCCCUGCCAUGUUUGGGAAGGGGGAAAAAUACCAGCAAAAAGAUUGCCCUCAGUUUCAGAGCUCACCCAGACAACAAGCGGGAGAGUGAAACUGGACAUAAUAGUCUUCUAGCACAAUAACUUGGAUUUGACCACAGAGCAGAAUCCUUGGAUUUAGUCAAAGCAAUUAUGCCACCCAGUAAAAAUGCACGCUCCGGUUUCAACGCUCAGUGAAUCUGUCAUUUGUGUUUUAACCUCCUGAGCUGAAACAAUUGCACUUGUUGACCUGAAUACAGUUUCAGUGGGACGAAAAUACACAGAUCUCAAAGUGCAAAGACUCAAAGUGCUGUUUACAUUUGACACUUAAUUUAGUAGAAAUAUAUCAGAAACCAACACUUUUGUGAUAACCAUAUUGAAACCUUCAAAGAAGACAUUUACAUCCUCUGUUUCACCUAUUUACUAAGUCUGUUUUUCAAAGAGUGUAUAGAAUUGAA